CGAAAGUGAAGUCAAGAUGGCGCGCUGCAGCGUGUGAAGGGGACUUCUCGGUUACCGGUCGUUCGCUUGAAGAACAUGUUCAAAACACCAUGUAGCAGAUUGACGGGAGUUUGGAAAUACCUACCACGCGAUGGUUUGGUUGGUGUCAGCGUGCAGCCGAAGCUCAUUGCAAAUGCAUUUAGCUGUCAUCUGAGUGCCAGGAGUCUGAUUCAGCUCUGCAGAAAGAAUCAAGCAGAAUGGAUCACAUUCCAGCACCUCUGCUUCCUGAAGAGACAGUAUGUUAAGAGCAGCAAUGAUCUGUGUCAGAGAGCAAGACCCAAGCAGGAGCCUGUUACUUCUAUGCUGGUUGAGCGCGAUGAUUUGGCUGACGGACAGGUUCAGCAAAUCCCAGUCAUUAAGCCUGAGUCCAGUACUGUGGUUGCGCCAUGUGACCCACAGGACAUCCAGAAGGAACCAGAGGCAGCCAUGGCAGCACGCUUGGAGACCCGGCAGUGGAAGGAGUUAAGGGUGGAGUACAGUGAUUUGCCGGGGAUCUACGCACGACUCUCCAAACUCAGACUAACAGCUCUAGUGGUUACUACGGCAGCUGCCGGCUUUGCCAUGGCUCCAGUGGCCUUUGACCCCGUCACUUUUAUGAUGGCUUUAGUCGGAACGGGUCUCUCUUCCUGUACAGCCAAUUCCAUCAAUCAGUACUUUGAGGUGCCCUUCGACUCAAACAUGAAUCGUACCAAAAACAGACCUCUGGUCAGAGGACAAAUCAGCCCGCUCCAUGCUGUGUCAUUCGCGCUGGCAUGUGGGAUCCCAGGUUUAACCCUGCUGACCCUGGGCGUGAAUCCCCUGACGGGCUUUCUGGGCGCCCUGACCAUCUUUCUGUACACGUGCUGUUACACUCCUCUGAAACGCCUCAGCAUCACCAACACCUGGGUGGGCGCGGUGGUGGGUGCCAUCCCCCCUGUUAUGGGCUGGACUGCAGCCACUGGCUUUCUCGAUCCAGGAGCACUCUUGCUGGGAGGUUUCCUGUUCUCCUGGCAGUUUCCUCACUUUAAUGCAUUGAGCUGGAACCUGAGAGAGGACUACUCCCGUGGCGGGUACCGAAUGAUGUCUGUCACUCAUCCAGCCCUUUGUAAGCGUGUGGCCCUCCGCCACAGUGUAGGCCUGAUUGGCCUCUCUGCCUUGGGCCCUGCGCUGGAUGUCACGACCUGGACCUUUCCCCUAGUCUCUCUGCCGAUUAACCUUUACAUCAGCUACCUGGCCUUCAGGUUCUAUCGCCAUGGUGACAGGCAGAACGCCCGAAAGCUGUUCUUCUGUAGUCUCUGGCAUCUGCCAAUGCUGCUGCUGCUAGCACUCACCUGCAAAAAGAGGCGUGUGACACAGGACGAGGCAGCCGUUGCCCCUAGUACGGCAUCUCUGGCUCUGUAGGGUCAACACAAUCCCCUUCUGGCCAUUGCCAUUGUUUUUCAUAUCCUGACUUGCUGUCUGCAAUUAAUUGCUGUUGGCCCCAAAGUGAAUAACAUCUUGGAGUUGAAAAGAUUAUGCACCUUUGAAAGAGUGAGACAAAAUAGAGAACAUGCCUGACUGUGAUAACCAUAACCUCUUUAUUUAUGUUGAGGUUUUCGUCAGAGAGAAAUUAUGACAUUGUCAAUACAUACAUGUGCUACUGCACAACAAAUAUUUAAAAAUCCCUAAAUUCACUCAGGUAGCUUAUACACAAACCAAUGCUGUGUGUGUGUAAAUAUAUGAUAUAUUUAUUUGAUACUGCCCCUUUGAUGUCUAUCAGCACAAUGUCUGUGAUUGUAUUGAUUAAUAAACAAAAAGAAUGACCCCUAACAAUUUAUGGAAUAUCUAUAUACAGCUAUAAUGCAACAUCGGUGAUUCUCACUAAACUUAUCAAGAAAAUUGCCAAUGCCAAAAGUUUUUUUAUGCACAAUGUAAAAAUGAAGGCUACAUUUAGUGGGCAUUAAGUUUUUUUGCAUUGUGACAUUAAGUCAGGAGACUUGAGCACAUUUUUACCCCCCUUUUCUAUCCACUUCUAACCCACCCCCCAUUAUCCUUAAUGCAAUGCAUUAGGAUGUUUUACUUUUACAAUUCAGAUUGUUUUCAGUGAUGAUUCUCAAUACUGUAACUGUCUUUUUAUUUACUGUUACAGUAAAAUGAUGGUGUACAAUUAUGUUAAAUUAAAAUAUUUAAAUUAAAAGCAUUACCAAAUGAGUGCAAAUAAGGCGUAUAAAUACUUUACAAUUUCUAUUAAUUUUUUCCUCAUUGCAGUAAUAAGAAUAUCAUAACUAUAUUUUUGGCAAUACAGUAAUGAGAAUUGGGGGUUAAAAUGUGCAUAACUGAAAAAUAUAAAUUGCCUUAAAUAUAGGCUUAUUUUUAUUAUAUAUAAUAAAAAUGUUUUUAUUUUCCAAAUUGUGGGACGUCCACAAGUCUGGUUCAUCCUUGGAGCAAUUUCCAAAUGCCUGAAGGUACCAUAUUCAUCUGUACAAACAAUAGUAUGCAAGUAUAAACACAAUGUGAACACGCAGCCAUCAUACCGCUCAGGAAGGAGACCCAUUCCCUAGACAUGAAUGCCGUUUGGUGCGAAAAGUGCAACAGCAAAGGACCUUGUGAAAAAGCUGGAGGAAAUGGGUAGACAAGUAUCUAUAUCCACAGUAAAACGAGUCCUAUAUCAACAUAACCUGAAAGGCUGCUCAGCAAGGAAGAUGCCAUAUAUAUAUAUAUAUAUAUAUAUAUAUAUAUAUAUAUAUAUAUAUAUAUAUAUAUAUUAGUACAUUGGCGGUCAAUAUUAGCUCACAAAUGGCAAAAAAGAAACCGCUUUCUCUAGAAACUCAUUAGUCAAUAGUUGUUUUGAGGAAUGAAGGCUAAACAAUGCUUGAAAUUUCAUACAAAUGUGUACACUUCAGUCUUCAAAGACAAAGGACAACUGGCUCUAGCAAGGACAGAAAAAGAUGUGGAAGGCCAAAUGAUCAACUGAACAAGAGGAAUAGUACAUCAGAGUUACUAGUUUGAGAAAUAGAUGCCUCACAUUUCCUCAGCUGAAACCUUAAUUGAUAUAUAUGCAAAAUUGAAUUUCUUAUUUAUUUUUACUUGACAGUAAAACCAGGACAUUUUCUCGAAAUUUUUUGUGAGAAUCACCCGCAUUUUGUGUAAAAUGUGCAAAUAAUAUUGUCAUACUGUAUUUGGGUCUAAUAUCAUUACUGUCAUUACUGUGGAUAUUUGUCUUUAUGCUUUAAUGGCCUAAAAGGAGAAAGACUUAACGCACCUUGGAAUUUAUAGCGUAAUCGGCAAUACAUUCUUGUUUAUUCUCAAACAAAUACUUGGUUUCCCAAGUCUGUUUGAUUGAUUUAGUAAAGAAAACACUGUUUCACUGUUAGCCCAGACGGCUUUAUUCUGCAUCCUCAUUUAAAACUCCGUCCCUUUGAAAAUAAAUGCUGAGUGAUAGAUUUAAAGAGUCUGGUCCAUCAAAAAUACUGAAGUUUUUUAGUACAAAUAAACUCACUCAGCUUAGUCAUUUCCAGAAUCACACAAAUUUGAAUAACUGUUCAGCACCUUCACUGUUUACCAUCAUCCAACCUCACCUUAUCAAUGACCUCUGUAAGACACACAAGAACGAGAGUUGUUUUUUAAUAAAUGUCUUG